AUGACACCACCAAUCGCCAUUCUCGGAGCCGGCCCAAGCGGACUAUUACUCGCUCGUCUUUUAGAAGUCGCCAGUAUCGACUAUAUCAUCUUCGAAAGAGACGCCUCAUCAGAAAACUCCACAGGAUCAGGAGGAACGCUGGACAUCCAUUCCAAUUCCGGACAACUCGCUCUCCAAGAAGCUGGACUCCUCGAAAAGUUCAAAAAGUUGGCACGCUACGAUGCCUCUUCAAAAUUUGCAAACUAUGAGGGGAAAGUCCUUGCGGAAUUCGGCGCGGACGGAAACGUUGAUCGACCAGAGAUGGAUCGAAAGGAUCUUCGUGCUUUGAUCCUCGAGUCUGUUCCGGCUGAGAAGAUUAAAUGGGGCAUGCGUGUUGAGGAAAUCGUGAAGGAAGCCAAUGGAUCCAUGGCUGUGCAUUUCGCAGACGGCAGUUUCCAGAGUUCCUUCAAACUAGUCGUAGGAGCGGAUGGGGCGUGGUCGAAAGCGAAAAAGUCUGUCACCUCAGCGAAACCAGAGUACUCCGGUUUCCACUACAUCACCUCRCACAUGCGACCAGACAAUCCACAUUACAGCUCAGCAGUCAAACUCGCCGGUCGUGGCAAUUACAUGGCUUUUGGAAAUUGCCAGCAGUUGAGUGCCAUGUUCCUAAGCGAUGGAAGCUACCAUGUCGGAUUAGGUCUUCGACUUCCGGAAGACUGGAGUGACACCCACCCCUUAUCAGCCCGUCGAACUAUGAUGCAGGAAUUAUGUGCUGGUUGGCCAGAGAUGGAGACCAAUGUUAUCGUAAAUAGCGAUGACGACUUUCGAGCUUGGCCUCUCUAUGCUAUGCCCACCGAGUCCCUUUCUUGGGAGUCCGUACCAGGUGUGACUUUGAUUGGCGAUGCUGCGCAUGUAACGACUCCCUUUGAGGGGGAAGGUGUCAAUUGCGCAUUACAAGAUAGUGCACAGCUUGCGAGGAAGAUCCGCGAAUAUGGAUUGGGAAAUCUCGACCAAGCCGUGAGAGAAUAUGAGCAAGACAUGUUCGAUCGAGGUAUUGACUUGAUCUCGAGAAGUGCGGAGAGUGGAGAGCUCUUGUUCGCGUCUGACGCCCCGACGCGUUGGUUGCAAAAGAUGGGCAUCGAAUGUGGUUGA